UUCAAAGUUCGCAUUCUCAAGGAUGCAAGUUGGAGGAGUUGGACACUCCAGGUGGCCUCUGACGUCACCGGAAGCGUUUGCGUGCGUGCGUAUUCGCGUGCGUGUUUGUGAGCGAGCGAAAAUUGUGCAAAAGUUUUCAAAAGUUUUCAGCGGAAGCAGCAGCAAGCAUGCACGCGCAAAUCUCGAAAGUGUGCACGAGGAGCAGCAGCCUUGGGAGUCGCCUGUGGGGCGUUUGCGUUUAUGGGAAAACAUCGACUUUGCAACGCGGCUGCGCGGGCGAUUCACGCCAGGCGGCGGCGGAACGCUACGGCCGAGCCUUCGCGGCGGCCCGGGACCGACCGGAGCAGUACUGGGCUGAAGUGGGUCAGGACAUACGCUGGUUCGAACCAUGGAGCAAAACUUUGCACGUGGAAGACCCGGUGUUCCCCAACUGGUUUGUGGGUGGCAAGUUAAACAUGUGUUACAACGCCGUGGAUCGUCACGUGGAAGGCGGCCGCGGCGAGCAGGCGGCCAUCAUCUACGACAGCCCCGUGACCAGCACCAAGUGUAUCAUCACCUACCGAGAACUCCAGGACCAGGUGUCACGGCUCGCCGGGGUUCUGGUGAAGAACGGGGUUGGCAAAGGCGACCUGGUGGUCAUCUACAUGCCCAUGGUGCCCCAGGCCAUGUUUGCCAUGUUGGCGUGCGCCCGCAUCGGCGCUCCGCACAGCCUGAUCUUUGGCGGCUUUGCUUCCAAAGAGCUGGCGGUGCGCAUCGAUCACGCCAAGCCCAAAAUGAUCGUGACCGCCUCGUUUGGGAUCGAGCCGAGCCGCCGGGUGGCCUACGUGCCACUGGUGGAAAAGGCCUUGGAACUCAGCUCUCACAGGCCGUCCAAAGUACUCGUCUACUGCAGAGACAACAUGGAGAAAGUGUCGGCGAGCGGCGACUCGUCUCUGGACUGGGAUGAGGAGAUGGCGGUCGCGCGGCCCCACGAUUGCGUCCCCGUCCCCUCGGACCACCCGCUCUACAUCCUGUACACGUCCGGCACCACCGGAACGCCCAAGGGUGUGGUGAGGGACACCGGUGGGUGCGCCGUGAUGCUGAAGUGGACCAUGUCCAACAUUUACGGACUUCAGCCCGGCGAAGUUUGGUGGGCGGCGUCGGACCUGGGCUGGGUGGUGGGCCACUCGUACAUCUGCUACGGCCCGCUCCUGCACGGAAACAGCAGCGUCCUCUACGAGGGCAAGCCCGUGGGGACCCCGGAUCCCGGCGCCUUCUUCCGCGUCCUCGCCGAGCACGGCGCCGCCGCCAUGUUCACCGCGCCCACUGCCGUGCGGGCCAUCCGCCAGCAGGACCCCGGAGCCCGAAGCGGGGCGGCCUACCCUCUGCCCAGGCUGCGCGCCGUCUUCUUGGCCGGGGAGCGCUGCGACGUGGAGACGCUGGAAUGGGCCAAGAGAAGCUUCGGGACGCCUGUGCUGGAUCACUGGUGGCAGACGGAGACGGGCUCUCCCAUCACAUCCACGUGCAUCGGCCUGGGCAACUCACUGACGCCCCCCGCAGGCCAGGCCGGUAAACCCGUGCCAGGCUACGACGUGACGGUGAUCGACAACCACAUGCGACAGGUGAAGCCGGGAACUCUGGGAAACAUUGUGGUAAGGUUACCUUUGCCCCCCGGUGCCGCUUCCUCCCUGUGGCAGAACUCGGAUCUGUUCAAGCGGCUCUACUUCACUAAAUUCCCGGGUUACUACGACACCAUGGAUGCCGGCUUCGUGGACCCGGAGGGCUUCCUGUACAUCAUGUCGCGCUCUGAUGAUGUCAUCAAUGUGGCUGGACAUAGGCUGUCCACAGGAGCUUUGGAGGAGUCGGUUUUGCAGCACCCGGCAGUGGCCGACUGCGCCGUGGUGGGCCUGGAGGACCCGCUGAAGGGCCACGUACCCCUUGCUUUGUGCGUGCUCAAAAGCGGCGUGCGGCAGUGCCAAGAGGAGGUCGCGCGCGAGACGGUGAAGCUGGUCCGGGACACGGUGGGACCCGUGGCCGCCUUCCGGAAGGUUCUUUUCGUCCGCGGGCUACCCAAGACGCGAUCCGGGAAGAUCCCGCGCUCCUCAUUGGGAAAUCUGGUCAACGGCAAGCCGUACAAGAUCUCGCCCACCAUCGAGGACCCCGAAGUGUUUGAGGAGAUCGAGAAAGCGCUGAGGUCGCACGUCGCCUGAACUCAGCGCGGCCAACGAGGCGAGUCGAGAUACCUUUCACAUUUUGAAAACCGGCUGGAUGGGGGGCACCCCUGAAGACUUGAAAGAGCGACACUGAAGACCCAUCUGAAAAAGGAGGAAGGAAGAGAUGAGAUGUAAAAAAAAAAAAAACCCUGCAAAAAGAACUCAAUUUUUUAAACGUGAAGAAAGUUCUAAUAAUCAUAUGAAGUUCAAAUUAAGCGUAUAAUACAUUUAAAAGAAGCCAGUGAUCAUGAAAACAAAAUGUCCGUCCACUCACAGGAGUUCAUCCUUGUAUUAUUCUUUUAUUUUUUUGCUCAACACUUACUUUGAGGUUUUUCACCGACGUACA